UCGUGCGAAAUAAACAAUCGUUUGUUCAAUUUGACAGAAAAAUAUAUUAAAAAGAUGAGUACUACUAUAAAGAAUCCGGGAAUACCAAGCUCGAACCUUAUUCCUGAGGGUAUUUUCCCCGGUCGCAUUGUAAAAGUGAAAGGUGCUACUACCCUCGCAUCAAAGAGGUUCUCGGUAAACUUACAAUGUGGUCCGAAAAUGUAUCCUGGAGAGGACAUAGCGUUUCAUUUCAACCCUCGCUUCGAUACAAAUAUUCUGGUCCGCAACCACUACGCCGGGUCCAAGUGGGGCUCUGAGGAGAUCAGCUCUGGAGUGCCGAUGAACAAAGGAGAAUGUUUCGAAAUACUUAUCUAUUGCUAUAAUAAUCGUUUUAAGGUGGAGGUCAAUGGAAAAUGUGUCUGCGAAUUCAACCACCACAUCCCGUUUGGUAGGAUCACCCACAUCAUGGUGGAGGGAGACGUUACCAUAGAUGAAGUCAGUUUUGUGGGAGCACACCUGCCGCAGGACCUGAAUCUGGGAAUACCAAGCUCGAACCCUAUUCCUGGGGGUAUGUUCCCCGGUCGCAUUGUAAAAGUGAAAGGUGGCACUACCCUCGCAUCAAAGAAUGUGGGAGAACCACGCUUUGAUACGAAUGGGCCGGGACACAUCUAUUGCUAUUAUUAUCGUUUUAAGGUGGAGGUCAAUGGAAAAUUUGUUUGCGAAUUCAACCACCACAUCCCGUUUGGUAAGAUCACCCACAUCAUGGUGGAGGGAGACGUUACCAUGGACGAAAUCAGUUACGCGGGAGCAAACCCACCACAGGAUCCGAACCUGAAAGUACCAUUCGUGGUUCCUAUUCUAGGGUGUAUGCAACCCGAUCGCGUGAUUAGAGUGAAGGGCACGACCCCUACUGGAGGAGAGAGGUUCGCGAUAAACCUCCAAUGUGGUCCGAAACUGUAUCCUGACGAAGACAUAGCCUUCAGUUUUAGCCCUCGUUUCAACCAGGGGACUAUAGUUCUCAACCAUUUCGGUUGCUCGAAGUGGGGCCACGAGGUGACGCAGGCACCCUCGCCGCUCAGCAGUGGAUCACCGUUCGAAUUUUAUAUUUAUUGCUAUGAAAAUUCUUUUAAGGUGUUGUUGAACGAACAACAAGUCUGCGAGUUUUCUCAUCGGAUCCCGAUACAGAGAAUCACUCACGUCAUGGUGGACGGCGACGCCAUGAUAUUCGAGUUGGACUACGAUUCGCCUGAACACCCGUGUGGACCACCACCAUCUUCCGGCUCCGGAGAAAUUUCAGGUCCCUAUUAAAUUCCGAAGAGAUGCUGGAAAUAUCUGAUUUAUACAAGAAUGACACUGUACUGGCUUAAUGUAACCUUAUUUGUUUUGUUUUAUGCUCGUUUUGUCAUUUUGAUGUUUAAUAUUAAAAUAUUUGAGGCUUC